AUGAUGGAUCGAUUGACUCUGACUGCAACUGAAGUUCCAUCAAGCGAAUUUAUAGACCUUGGUCUUCAUGUGUGUAUUACGCAAGCUAACGACGUGAUUUACUACAACGUUUCAACCAAUGACGAAUGCAAAGAGCUAUGUCUGAAUGAAACCUCUAUCGUUUGCUGGUCUGUGGAGUACGGAGAGGAAGGGGGUUCUCAUUCGAAAAUGUGUCAGUUAUCAACCCAAUAUUCAGGGAUAAUCACACUUUCCAAUCCAUGUGGACCAGAUGUAAUUUACUCUGAGAGGAUCCCUGUUCAUAGACAGAGGGGAGUAACUGUUCACCUGCGCCACCAAGGACAACGACUUGAAAAACACAUCUUGCAUAUGACAUCGUAUAGCUCACGUCUGGAAUGUACACAAUCUUGCAACAUUUACUUAUAUUGUGUUGCUUUUGACUUCAACAAAAACAUUGUCACCAACAAUUGUCAGCUAUUGACUCAAAAAAGUGAUGUUUCAGCUCCAGGGGAUUUGGUUGAGGAUGCAAACUGGAAUUAUUAUGAGGUAACGGGCCGUGUUUGGGAAUAG